AGUUGGCAGGAUCCCUGUCAGGAUUCUGUAAGUCCUUAGAUUGAGUCAGUAGGUUUGUCAGUCAGGGGUCAGAGUCUACGUGGUGAGGAGUGGAAUCGUUCUGAUUGUGCGCCUGUCACCAUGGUUGAGACCCGUAGUGGGAUAGACAUUAGCCCCUACACUAAGGAGCAGCAAGAAAAGAUAGCCCCCUUAGUGAAAGAGAGCAGGGAGAGGAAAGAGUAUGAGAAGCAGGCGGCCAAGAUGAAGGAAUUGGAGGAGGAGAUGGAGAAAAAGAAGAAGGAUGCCGAAGAAGAAGAAAAAGAGAGCAUGCGUAUUGAGAGUAGAGAGGGAAGUAGUGGCACGAAGAGGGACACAGACGCAGAGAUGGAGAGGAAAAUAAGUGAGUGGCUUGCUAAUUUAUCGUUGGGAGAAGAUGAGGAGGCAGAGUCCUAUGUGACUCAAGAUGAGAGGGAAGCGCUGGCCAAUGAGCUAGCAGCAAUGGAAGAUCCGAUGGAACGGCGAGAAAGGGAGGAGGAGCAGAAGUUAGCAUGGAAGUUCAGGAUGAAGAGGGAGAAGAAGAGGAGGAGAGAGGAAGUGAACAACCUGACCACAAAGGUGGCAAAGGUGCAGGAGUGUAGGAAGGAAGUGUUGGCCCAGCCAGAUGACAAGGCCAAGUGGGAUAAGGUGUUGGGCUACGUAGAGGUACUGAGCAAAGCCUGGAUGGAGGAGCGCCCGACCAGUUGGAGCCAAGACGUAGCUUUGAGUGCCAUGCGGUGGGGAUUCAGAGACUUUGCGCGCGAUAUUGUCACCCACCUUGGGAGUGAGGUCAGGCAAAUAAGGGACAACGUAGGGAAGUACUGCGCAGGCGCCAUUGAAGGUGCCAAAGCAAUAGCUGUUGUAGAGGGCGAGGUCAGACCCCGUAAAGAGCCUGUAAAGCUCAAGGAUGCAUACGGGGGGAAGAAGGAGGAGAACUUUGACAACUGGGAGGCCAGUGUCAAUAGUUAUAUAUAUUUACAGCACAUCCUGUCAGAGGAACAAGUCCUCGUGGCCUUCCAGGCCCUUAAGGAUGAGGCGGCUAGUUUUGCCAGGUUGCUUAAGAAAGAGGCAAUCUGGCAAUGGGAUAAAGAUUGUACGUCUGCACUCAAGAAGUUGAAGCGCGCGUUAAUAGAGUACCCUGUCCUCAAAGUUGCAGAUCCGUCUUUGCCAGUUGUCGUCACCACGGACGCGAGUCAGUAUGGGAUAGGCGCCGUGUUACAGCAGGAUGACGGCCAUGGCUAUAGACCCGUAGAGUUCAUGUCAGCGAGGAUGCCCUCAGAGAAGGUAGCCACCUCGACAUACGAGAGAGAACUCUACGCUCUCAGGCAGGCCCUAGAGCACUGGAAGCAUUACCUGCUUGGGAGGCACUUCAAAGUGUAUUCUGACCACGAGAUGCUUCGUUGGUUAAAGACUCGGGCCAAGAUGACACCUAAGUUAACUAGGUGGGCUGCAGAGAUAGACCAAUAUGACUUUGAGCUUAAGCCAGUGAAGGGCAAGUACACCGUAGUUGCGGACGCUCUGAGUAGGAGAUCAGACUACUUUGGAGCCAUAGUACAUUAUCUCGAUAUAGGGAGAGACCUGCAGGAGAAAGUGAAGCAAGCGUAUGCGCAGGACCCUAUCUAUAGCGACCUCCUAAAGAGAGUUAGAGAGGCCCCAGAGACUGAGCCAGAUUACCGCACUACAGAGGGAUUACUGUUUGAGAAGACUAAUGUGUUUGACCGCCUGUGCGUUCCCAACAUCGAAGAGAUCCGCAGUUUGAUCCUAGGGGAAUGCCACGAUACUGAGGGACAUUUUGGUUGGCAAAAGACAUUAGCCAAUCUAAUGCGUGGGUGCAAGGUCUUUUCCAAGAUCGACCUCAAGUUUGGAUACCACCAGAUUGAAGUCGAUCCUACGGACCAGCACGAGACUGCGUUCAAGACACGUGAUGGGCUUUACGAAUUCACCGUAAUGGCCUUCGGUCUCACAAACGUACCGACCACCUUCCAAAGUCUUAUGGACAAGUCCUCCGUGAACAGAUUGGUCAGUUUGUGGUUAUGACACAAUCUGCACGCGGCGAGUGGGAUGGACCAUGUAACCACAACCGCACUCGGUCAAGAAUUUUUGCUCUUUGAGGAUGGAGAGGACUUGGCAAAGGUGUUGAAGGUGGGACUCGAAGGUGGGGCUAUAAAUGAGGAUGUCAUCAAGGUAUAUGACGACACAAACUUCAAGGAGGUUGCAGAAGAUGGUGGAUUGGAAUGUGGAGGGGCCGUUGGUGAGUCCAAAAGGCAUCACGAGGAACUCGUAGUGCCCGGACUGAGAGCGGAAUGCGGUCUUGUGGGUGUCCUCCUGGCGGAUGCGGAUCUGGUGGAAGCCAUUGCGAAGGUCGAUUUUGAUAAAAUACUUGGCUCCACGAAGCCGAUCAAGAAGCUCGAAGAUCCGAGGAUGGUGCCAGUGGAGGGAGGUGCUUGGCGAGAUCAAGGGUACAAAGGUCAUGUUGAGGAGGGGCUAGGUCCCGUGGCGGCCGAAGGAGUGGAUGUCGUCGGUUUGGUCCCGUGGCGAGUGAAUUGGCCGGCGUUGGGGCAGUUGGUUUGCUGGUGUCCAAGCUGCCGGCAACGAAAGCAGCCAUUGUUGGCCUGCAGGGUGGAGGUGAUAGUGGACGAAGUCAAGAGGGGUUUUGAUUGGGGGGGAAUGGUCGACGACUGUGUGAGGGCGGGGGUUGUCGUCUGGGUGACCAUGGUGGAGGUAGUGGUGGAUGGAGGCGGGGGUGUGGAUGACGUGCUAGCGGAGAGGGCGAUAGAUGUGGGGGAGGAGGUGAUUGGUGUAGAUGUGGAGGCGGAGGAUGGGGGAAGGGUGGUGGAGCCCGAGAUGGGGGGAGGGGACAUGGUGGCGAUGCUGUCGACGGAGUUGGUGCGGAUGCCGGACUUAUCAAUGUUGGAUGACUGGGCCAUGGUGGGGGAGGAAGCGGUGGUAGCGGCGGAUGAGGUGGCAGCAGCGAACAUGGUGGGGGAAGGAGAAGAUCGCGCGGAGUGGGGGGGGGAACCAGAGCGCGCGAUGAUGAAGGUGGCGGAGACGAAGGGAGGAAGAGGCAGGAGAGAAGAAGAGGGGGGGGGAAGAAUGAGAGCAAUGAAGAAGAAGAAGAGGAGGAAGAAGAAAAGGAAAGACAGCGACGACGAGGAGGAAGAAGAAGAAGAAUUUGAUGACUAUGACGAGAAGGAGGUACCACGAAGAUGGAGCUGGAGCGAUGGCGCCACAGAACUGCCGGCGCUGCCGCUUGAGGAGCUGGCACCGGUUCCUGCGCUCGUCACAGUUCCACUUGUUCUCGUCAUGAGGACUGUGUUAGGGUCAUGCGCCGCUCUUAGCCUCGCACUUGGUGAUCGCGAGCAGCACCACACUUUCGCAGAGAUCAUCAACAAGGCGAGAGAGAUCAUCAAGACCAACAGGUCAGCUGCACACGAGAAAUCAACAUGGCAGCGGACCUAUGUGGAGAAGGCACGAACUGGUCCGCAACAACAGCACUUCGCUGUAGUCCAGCAGGACAGUGGAGAUAACCCAGCAGCCACUCCAGCAUCAAGUGAUGGAGAUCAGGUGGCUGCUGUCCAGCCGCGAAGCAAGUCCCGCAACAAUGGGAAGGCGAAAUCCGCAUCGCAGGCCGGAAAUGGACAGCCAGUACAAGUUCCAUGGGUCAAGUUUGGCUUGACCGAGGCGGAGUACAAAGUUCGCGGCCGCUACGGCAGCUGCUAUUGGUGCAACAGCACCAAGCACAAGACCUCCCUGUGCCAGGAUCAGGGCAAGGAGGAUGUGCCAUUCGUAUUCAAUGAUGCCGCACGCCGGUCAUUCCAAGCACUUAAGACGACUAUGCUCAUGGCACCCGUCCUUAGCAUUUAUGACCCCACCCUGCCGACGCGAGUGACUACGGACGCUUCCGGCUAUGGCAUUGGGGCAGUCUUGGAACAGCACGACGGCGAUGACUGGCACCCUGUGGAGUAUUUCAGCCACAAAGUGCCUCCCAUCAACUCGCUUGAUGAUGCAAGGAAGAAGGAGCUGCUCGCAUUCGUCAUGGCUCUCAAGCGAUGGCGGCACUUCCUCCUUGGGCGUCGUAGGUUCACAUGGGUCACGGACAACAAUCCAUUGACUUACUACAAGACGCAGGAUAUGAACAAGGAUGGCAAUGGAGAUUCCCCGUUCCAGGCAGUCAAGGAUCCUACUGUCUUCGCCGUUGCCCGUGCAAGGUCUACAAAGAACAACCCAAUUGCCAGGUGGCACAUCUGUGCGGGGUCAGUAAACGGGAUUGCCUUUUCCUCUGAUGGGCACUACCUCGCAACUGUAGGAAGGGAUGGUUUCCUGAGAAUCUUCGACUUCCAGAAGGAGACUCUUGUAUGUGGGUGCAAAAGUUAUUAUGGAGCACUGCUGUGCUGUUCGUGGAGGUUUGUUACGAGUGAGGCAUCAGAACAUGACAAGUUCAAAUUGAUGCCAAGGUAUGUCUGGUGGGAGCUCAGUCCAAAAUUCAGAAAAGUAGCAACCGGUGCGAAUGGAGACUGGUCAACAUUCAAAGAGGAGAUGCAGAGGCGCUUCAAGUUGGGAGAUGGCCUGCUGACAAAGGCGGACCUAGAGAUGUCGAGCCGGAACGAGUUCACUACGGUGGGUGCGUUCGCUACGGCUUUUGAGAAAAUGGCAAGAAAAGUCCCGGGGAUGGCAGAAGAAGAACAAUGUGCCACAUUUUUGGGGCACUUCACCAACUUUGAAGCCUCGACACUGACAAGAAAAGGCGCUCCAGGAAAGAAACUGACUUGGGUCACCAUAAAGGAGGGCGUAACAGACGGGGAACUGGACCAAGUUGACCUCUUCCAAAUGAAACAGGCGAGGAGAAAAAGGAAAGCAAUAGACGGCGCAAUUGGUGGUGGCCAGAAUUUGAAAAAGGUAGUAGAGGAGGUGGUGGCCCAGCUAGAGGCCUCGAGAGAAGCAAGUGCCCCGAAGAAGGUGCUGACAAUAACCACGUCCAAGGGAAAGGAAAGAAGGCGGCUACGAGAGAAGAGUUAGAAGAGGAAGAAGAAGAGGAAGAGGAGCCUGAGCCUCCAAAGUUAACAAAGGCUCAAAGAAAGG